AUGGGUGAAGAUGGCUGCAAAGAGAAGGCGCCCAAGGAUAUGAAGAUUAUUUAUGUCUUGAUUGGAGUUUCAGCUGGGUUCGUUUGUCUACUACUUGGCAUCAUCCUCCUCUACUGGGACCUCAAGAGACGAUCACAGAAUAAGAUGAAGCAGAAAUUCUUUCUCCAAAACGGCGGCCAUAUGUUGCAAGAGAAACUCACGACCAGAGAAGCCUCACCAGACAUGGUCACCAUUUGCAGCUCAUCCGUGCUAGAAAAGGCUACCAACAGCUUCCACAACAACAUGAUCAUUGGCAGAGGCGGCUUUGGCACUGUGUACAAAGGAGUUCUAGCGGAUGCAAGAAUAGUUGCCAUCAAGAGGUCUAUAAGAAUGGAUCCCACACAAAUCGAGCAGUUCAUCAACGAGGUUGUUGUUCUGUCUCAGAUCAACCACAGGAAUGUAGUCCGGCUUCUUGGUUGUAGCCUAGAAACAGAUGUUCCGCUUUUAGUCUACGAGUUCAUCAACAAUGGCACCCUUUCUUCGCACUUGCACAAUGAGGCUAAGGCUCAUGCUCUUGAUUGGAGCACGCGUCUAAGGAUCGCUGCAGAAACUGCAGGGGUUCUCUCGUAUCUGCACUCUUCAGCUUCUACUCCAAUUAUACAUAGAGAUGUCAAGCCGGAUAACAUCCUUUUAGACCAUAGGUUGACGGUAAAGGUGUCAGAUUUUGGAGCAUCAAAGCUGGUUCCUAUUGAUCUCGCGCAGAUAACCACGGUGGUGCUAGGAACUUUGGGAUACCUUGAUCCUGAGUACAUGCUGACGAACCAGUUAACAGAAAAGAGCGAUGUUUACAGCUUUGGAGUUGUUUUGCUAGAGCUAGUCACGGGGCGUAAAGCAUUGAGUUUUAAUAGGCCGAUAGAGGAGAACAGUUUAUCCAACUAUUUCCUUUAUGUACUCAAGGAGGAUUUGUUGGUAAAAAUUAUUGAUGAAAAAAUUGUGGGUUUGGAAAAUAUGGAGCAGAUAUAUGCGAUUUGUGAACUAGCGAAAGAGUGCUUGAAUGUGAAGGGAGAAGAUAGGCCUAGUAUGAAGGAGGUCGCAAUGGAGCUGGAAGGGCUGAUACUGCGAAAGAAGCACUCGUGGGCCACAAAUGUUGGUGACGAAGAAGAGAUGAAGUCUUUGAUUCCGAAUGAUCAUGAUGGAACUAGUGGUGUGGGAUAUGAUAGUAUUGGCAUGGAUCAUAUUGUUUUGCCAAUUGAUGGAGGAAGAUGA